CUCAAACCAUUUUUCCACUCGAGCUGUUGAGGCGAGUGUUUCAGUCGCUGACUUGAAAGUGGCUUCGCGGCUGAGAGCCAUUAGAUGCGUGUUGCCUGUUCUCUGGCGUGCCUCGGUGCGGUGGCCGCGGUGUUCUCAGGCGCGCAGGUGCAGGUGCUUGUGCUCGACGAUUCUGCAGUCGUCGAGCUUGGCACCGCCAAGGCCCAGCGUGACGAGGAGUCGUGCACGGCAUUCCCAGAGGCCGCAGAGCUCUUCAAGCAUGGCGCUGAGGCUGCGUUCAAGGAGCAGUUCAUCCAGCUCUUCGGCUGUGGAUCUGUAUCCAAGAAAGCGGUGGCUCCGCCAGCCGCCGUCGCCAACACUUCGGGAGUACAGGAAGUUGCCGGCGCAGGCGCGCUCGGAGGAGCCCCGGGGGGCGGUGAAGCCACCCUCCCCGCCGCCGGCAUCAAGGAGGGAGAAUGUGCUGCCGGGGGAGCCGCGGGUGGCACGCCAGGAUCCCCAGCUGGCCCGGGAGACGCCAGCUCAGGCGGCCAGUCCGCCAGCCUCCACUGGGAACGCUCCCGCUCCAUGGCAACUGGCGGAGAGGAAGAGCCAGACCCUGCUGCACCUGAAGAUGGGCCGCAUCGUGGCGCAGCAGGAGAAGUUGAUCCAGGCGGUGAUGGAGUUGCAACAGCGGCCGGGCCCGACUACGAGUUUCCCCCCUUGGCGGUCGCCGGUCGCGGCGGAGGCGGCGGCACCAUCAAAGGGUGCUCUCAAGAAGCGGCGGUG